GAGACGAUAAUCUAAAUAUCUAUCUAUCGUUCUAUCGUUGUUGUUUUUGGGAUUACUGUUCCUCAAUUUUGCGAAUUGAUGAAAAUAAAAAUGGAGUCUGAAAGCUGAGAUUGAGAGAGGAAUGGAGGAAUUGAAAGAGAUGUGCCCUAAAAGAGUACGUUCACACGUGUAAAGAGCUCAUGCUUUUGGCAUUCUCUGACGAGUGUAUAAAGAAUCACUUCAAGCGGAAACUGAUGAAGGAGAUGAUGCUACUGAUGAUGAUUCCUGCCUCAAUUUCGUCGCUUCACCAGAAAUUUCGCAUUCAGUUGCUUUCCAUCGGAGCGAUUCUCGGAAUGAGGUUUUUGUUUUUGAGCUGAAAUUCGUGAAGAGUAGCUUAACUGCUUCGGAAUUUUGCUUUCGGAAGGCGAUUUAUCCAAUUUUUCCUGCAAUUCAAGGCACUGUUCGUCAGAUGUGUCUGGAAGCAGAUGCGUAACAAGUGAGCGAUGGAUGAAAAGGCGAUUUCACGCUCCUUCGCCAUUAAACCUGAGGAGAAGAAUUUCGAUACUCUGUAUCCAAUGUUUUUCGGUGUUUCCUGUGCAUUUUUUGCCCUAAAACUCUUGCCGGAGCCGGAGGAAGACGAUAAGUGGUCGGAGAUCCGGAAUCGGAUGCUUAAAGGCAGUGCUCAUCUUUUGGGGAUGUUCAUAUGGAAAGCGAAAACCGGCGGAUGUGAGCUUCUUCAAAAGCUCGAGAACGCGCAGAAUCAGGUCGUCGAACUGAAGAAACGGCGGAGCGAAGAGGCGAGGGCGAACGAGAAAGUCGUGAGCAUAAUCGCGUCGCGAGAACAGACCUGGUUUGAUGAGAGGAGGAGGCUCCGGCAGCACAUCGGAGCUCUGGUGAAGGAGCUAACGGUAGUGGAGAUGAUGAGAGAAAAAUCGAUGUUGGAAUUGAACCAGAAGUUGAAGGAAAGGGAAGCUCUUUUGCAGGAAAAGGAUAAGUCGAUCGAGGAAGGCGAACAGAGGAGACGAGAAAUCGAAGAGAGGGCGAAGAAGGCGGAAAAGCUCGUCGACGAGCUGACGCAGACGACAAAACUCGAGAACGAACGGCAUUCAAGCGAAAUUCUGAAACACAAGACGGCGUUUAUCGAGAUUGUGUCGAAUCAGCGGCAGCUCGAGGCAGAGAUGGGUCGUGCGCUGCGGCAAGUUGAUGCGUUGAAGCACGAGCUCGAGUCGGUGUCGAAGCAGAAAGAGCAGUCGGUUCUAAUGGCUCAGCGCCUGUCGACGGAGCUUGUCAAGACGCGGAAGGAGUUGGAACAUAAAGACCAGAUUUUAUCGGCGAUGCUGAGGAAAGCCAAGCUCGACGCAGCCGAGAAACAUAUGCUUUUAAAGGAGACGAAGUCGUCGAAGGCGAAGAGGAAGCAAGCUGAGUCGGGGACAGCGAGGUGGAAUGCGUUUUCAGAGGCCAAGAACGAGAGGCAUUCGUUGAGGAACAUGCUCUCGAAGCGCGCAAACGGGAAGGGAUUUCAUUCGAUGGAUGCCGGAAACUUUCGAUCCGCAAAAGGCGAUAAUCAUCGCGCAUAUUCGUAUUCGACGGAGGGGUCCGAGAAACAACGCGACGCGGAGCUGUUGGAGAAUUGGGUUGAUGCGGAGGCGGAGACGCGCGACUGCGCAAUCGAAAGGCACGACCUUGAAAUCGAUGCCUUUGUCGAACAGCUGAGGCUGAAAGACGAAAAAUUGGAAGCCGUCCGGUGGCGAUUGUUGAGUAUGGAACUCGAGUCGAAGAGGCUGCAAUCGCACGUCAAAGGACUCGAUCAUGAGAUUACGGAGCUACGGCAGGAAAAUGAGAAGCUCGAAGCCUUUUUGAUUGAUCGCGACGCCGAGCUACAUUUGCUAAAAGAGCAAUUAGUCCUGCAAUUCAAUCCUCCGAAUCUACAGAAACUGAACUUCAGCUCGUCGAUUCGCGAGGCGACGACGAACCACAGCGCAAUGUGGUCGAAAGUGAAGGUCGUUAAACGAAAAUCGACGCAGAAGAAGCAGGUGAUAGCAGAGGAGAUUUCUAAUGAGAAGGCGGACGAAGUCCCGUCAUCGACGGAGAAGAAAGAGAUAGAACGAGACGGGAAAGUGGCUGCGGUGGACUCGAACAACAAAACGUCGACGUCGACGGGGAAGAAAAGUAGUUCGACAAUGUGGAAGAUGGAUAUCCACGCCCUCGGAGUAUUGUAUAAAAUCAAACGACUCAAGCAACAAUUCGUCAUGCUCGAGCGGUUGGCGGGGAAGCAAGAAAGUUGCGAAAACAGCGAAAGCAGCAGCGACAACGGGCGUUUCGGAGUGAAGGGGUUUUACGCGCUCACAUCGCUCCUGAACAAACAGGUUGAUCGAUACCAAUCGCUGCAGGAGAAAACCGACGAUAUUUGCCAAAGAAUGCACGACAACAAUCUAAACUCCACCGUCGGCGGAGACGUCGACAAUGCUGCUAGACCCGACUACGAAACAAAGAAGCUCGAACACUUUCUCGAGGAAACGUUCCAACUACAGCGAUACAUAGUUGCGACGGGGCAGAAGUUAAUGGAAGUGCAAGCUAGAAUCGCGUCCGGGUUCGUAAAUGAUGCUGCGGAGGACAUCGAAAAGCCCGAGAGUUUCGACAUGAAGCGAUUCGCCGACAGCGUUCGAACGUUGUUCCAGGAAGUUCAACGAGGUCUCGAAAUACGAAUAUCUCGAAUCAUCGGAGACCUCGAAGGCACAUUGGCAUGCGACGGGAUGACAAUUCACCUCAGAAAAUAGUCUCGAUGAUUGAGUUUCGAAGUUCGUAGAUUACUACAAACUUAUAUCGAUCAUUUUGAUUCUAACUAACUUGUGACUGUUUAGUUCUUAUGUUCAGUAUCACAAAAUUCGACUCUCUAAAUUUAUCGCAACCAUUCUAACUAA